ACAGGGGCGAGGCACGGAGUUACUUGACCGCAUUUGAAAAUACAAAAUCGGACAACGACCACCACCCAGAGAGACGAGCGCAAUUUCUCAAAAACAAGCAAACCCAGAGUUCUUACCGGAUUCAAACUAUCCAACCAGCACACAACUCCCGAACUGUUUUUCACUGAAGAAAAGAAAAAUCAAAUCAAAUCACAAAUUUGGUCUUAUGCAGUGGUUUCAUGACAUUUAUUCGUUUUGGAUUACCGGCCCUUAAGGUAGAAAGUCGUUCAGUUGUGAUUUUAGCUCAUGGGUCGCGUCAGUGGACUAGAAGCGUGACAUUUGCAACUGUCACUUCCCUUGUAACGAAGUCUCGCGAUAUUACCCAAAACUGCCAGCCAGACACCGAGAGGAGCAGCGAUGAGAGGAGAGACAAAAUACAUCGGUUGCUCAGUGUGUCAGUCUUAGGAAAGAUCGAGCUUUAACACACCUUUUUAAACCGCCCACGCUGUGCUAGAAUUCCACAAGCCCAAAGCCCGCUACAUGUCAGACGGGAUUUCCUGAUCGCACGCGAAGUGAGAUUCGGAAGUACGUGGCUACAGAAGCCGAAUUGUAUGUGUCAAGUGCUAACUGUUAGCUGACGGGCUAGCUAGCGCAGCCAUUGAAGCAAUGGCGUUGAAAAGAAUACAGAAGGAACUGUCAGACCUGCAGAGGGACCCGCCUGCCCAGUGCUCCGCUGGACCAGUUGGAGACGAUUUGUUUCACUGGCAGGCAACAAUAAUGGGUCCGAGUGACAGCCCAUAUCAGAAUGGAGUGUUUUUCCUCACCAUUCACUUCCCGACAGAUUACCCCUUCAAACCACCCAAAGUUGCGUUCACAACAAAAAUUUACCACCCUAAUAUCAACAGCAAUGGAAGUAUUUGUCUGGAUAUACUGAGAUCACAAUGGUCACCUGCACUUACAGUAUCAAAAGUAUUAUUGUCAAUCUGCUCUCUUCUGUGUGAUCCGAACCCUGAUGACCCACUGGUACCAGAGAUUGCCCAUACGUAUAAGGCUGACAGGGAAAAGUACAACAAAUUAGCAAGAGAAUGGACACAGAAGUAUGCAAUGUGAAAAAUGCCAGGGGGGUGAUCAAAAAUACAAAUGAGAACAAAUGAAAAACAUCUUUGAUUUGUAACUUGAGGCAAAUGAGCAACAGAGGAAAAAUAAACUAGAACUAAGUUCAUCUUUUGGAGAAGGAAGCGAUACAAUGAGGUACAGUGCCACCUGGCUUUUCGUGUGCUGAGCUGCUACCAUGUGCUGUCCUUCAUGACUUGUAUGGAUCUGCUGAGCAGGACCUGAUGGGCUCCUUAAAGCACUCCCAUAUGGAAUACCAGAAACUAUUCACAGUCCACACCACCACACUCAGACUUAAAACUGUUUCUCCUGCUAUUGUAUUCAUCACUGUCAUUGUUGCUGUUCAUAUGCGUUCUUUUUCACUGUCAAAGAGUCAUAUCAUUGUGCUACUCGGAAGCAAAAUGUUUGAAUGAUUUAGGAGAUUGGCUCUCCCUUAAUUUCAGAGGUACUGUCUGUGUCCCACUGGAUGUCUUGUUAUUACUAUAUCUCCUUGUAUUUGGUGGCCUUUCUGUGUGAUUAUUCUCAAACGGUAUAUGUGCAAUUGAGGCAGAAUGUUCCCCGUUCAACACAAAAUGGUGCAGUGCCAUUACCAGCAGCUGAUCUUUUGGCACAUACUGUCUCUACCCCGCAACAAUGUGAAAGACGUAUAGAAGGAUUGGUCUCCAUCACCCAUCUCAUUCAAAAUCGCAUCAGUAUUUAGUUGUUUUGAGGACACUAGAAAGCCGCUGUGAAGAGCUUGCUGGCCCUUGCACCGCUGUUGUGGGGCUCCACGGGGUAAAUGUCAACAUCCAUUUAUUCUCACACAUGGUGUCAUUGGCCAUGUGUCCUGUAUAAGUAGCCACCCAGGCCUGGUGUCCAUAGUGCACAAAAUACUACUGUUGUAUGAUUUGUUCCUUGUGUAGCUAUGAACAUAGCUACUCUGUGGCAUAUGGCUAAGCUGUGUGCCUCUUCCUCAGUAAAGUGACUCAGGUAUCAAACCAAAUCAUCAGCCUUUACAUGCAGUGACCCAUGAUGAGAAGAAUGACAAGGGGCCCAUAUCAUCAGGCUCCAAAAAAAAAAAGUAGGGAUGGUCUACAUUUACAUUUUCAGUUUGUUCACAUUACAAAAAUCGCUCAUGCUUCCUGAUGAGGCAAAACGAUCAAAGAUAGAUCAGCACUCCUGGGGGUUUUAUGCAUAUAGGCCCCGAUGAUCUCUGUUGUCCUUUCGUCACAGAGAUGGUUUCUUUCCUUCAUUGUCCUUCUCUUGUUCUUUUUGUCGAUGUUUCUCUUUAUUUUUGAACAACACUUUUGAUGUGAACAGCUAUUUAAAUGAUACUGUUGAACAUGUACAUGCUACUGUUUGUCUAAAAUGCGAUGGCCUUUGGUUACUGAUGGUGUCAAAAGGGGAAUUUAAACGGAACAACAUUUUUGCAGGACCUAGUUAUUUGAAGUCGUGUGCGUCUAGUUAUUGGAGGUGGGGGGAAAAAUACAGUAACUUGCCAUGACAAUUUCAUCUGCUUUAAAUAUCAGGUGAUGUGAAGAAUCACAUGUUUUCUUAAUGUCAUUCAUGAUCUGGUCUGCGAAAGUUAGUGUUGGUUUCGGGAUUAAUAAUUCACACUAAAACAGUUUUGCCUAGGUGAUACAUUUGUGACCUUUUCUAUCGUAUCUUUGAAAGCUUUAGUUUUAGGCUCUUUCUUUUCCAUUCAUGUCACCAGAAUUGAACAUGAUUGUGAUGUGUUAUAAUAUUAGUUUUAAUGUAACCCGUUGUGACUGUUGGAUAAAGUAGUUGGGAAAUGCGAUUGUUUUUUUUUUUUUCCUUAAUCAUUGUUCAUAAUGUGCUGAUGCUGCCAAUAUAAAGGGAAUUAUUUGAUGUUGGAAAGGGGACAAUUUUUUUUUGCUUUUGAGGCAUUAUUGAAUGGAUUCACACAAAAGUUCAUUGUAAAGCAUGCCAAUUUUAGAAGCUCUGAUUGUAGAAUUAACACCGUGGUUAGGCACCAAAUAUAGAUUUUCAUCUUUGAUAACUACUGUAGAGAAAUUUGUCAAAUCAAGUUGUCCUGAAAUACAAUAUAUACUUUAAAAAAAAAAGAAGAAAAUAUAUCCUCUAAAUGCAGUUUGUCUUUUCUGCCAGGCCACAAUUGAAAAUAACUUGUGUGUAAUAGUACUAGUUCAAACUUUGUGUGCAUUGUCAUUUGUUCAUCUGGCUAUUUAUUUAUUUGAAAGCAGAGUAUCUUCCAAUUGUUUGACUGAAUGCAGCCUCAAUUCAUCAUGUGGGUGAUGCUACAUUGACCUCCUUUGUCCAGUGUGCUCAGUAGAGUUUAUAUAGGCAGCUUGGCAUGCUUUGCACUCUGGAGAACCUCCUCAGCCAUUAGCAAGAUAUCAGGGAUUUCGUUACAAUUCAUCUGCCUAACACCUCUGACUAAAAUUUUAGCCUUAACCCUCAUCUUGUAAAUACAGAGAGAACGUGUCAUGAACUGUAAAUUUGCUAUCAGGGCUGUAUCCCCUAAAUGGGUGAAUCAUUUCAUCAGUAGACAUGGAAACCUGCUUGAACAGUACCUUUUUCGUUUUGUUGUUGAAAUUUUCAGCCUGGCUUUCUCUGAACGCAGGACUAGCUGUCAUCUUAAAAAUUGGAAUAUGUGCUUGAACUGCCACCAUGAUCGUCCACUUGUCCUCUCAUAGCCUACACAAGAUAACUAUUGACCUUGUCAUGACAUGAAUAAAGUUCAUCUUGGUUUA